AAUACCGAUGCAAUUCCACGCGUCAACAUAACUUCAAAAUAACUUCAUUAAAUGUAACAUCGUCCAGCGUACGUGCUGUUUCUGCGUUUAUUCUGCUGCCGCGUCUAGUUGUAAAUAGUGUUACCGAGUGUAGCUACCGGAGUAAAACGACGUACUCUUGUUACAAUCGUUACAAUGCAAAAGUUUUUCGUACUACUGCUGCUGGCGUUGCCAGCCGUCCUGCUGACGGUGAAUACCGGAUCUAGUCCGUUCGCCUUUGCCGCAGAAGAUGAGCUGGAUGAGGAGCUGGUUGAUGUGGAAACGGAAGAUGCCGCUGUCGUGGCAGAUGAAACGGAACCGGAGGAUGAACCCGAAACGACAAAGUCACCGGAUGCGGACACGUACUUGCUCUUCACACGGCCAUUACAUGCGACCGGUUCGCAGCUCGAGCUACCCGCUGGUUACCCGGUGGAGUUCUUGGUUGGUUUCACCAACAAGGGCGAAUUUGAGGAUUUCGUCGUCGAAUCGGUCGAGGCUUCAUUCCGGUACGCCAUGGAUUUCAGUUACUUCAUCCAGAACUUCUCGGCCGUCCCUUACAACCGUGAGGUGAAGCCGGGUCAUGAAGCGACGGUUUCGUACUCGUUCUUGCCCACCGAAUCGUUUGCCGGGCGUCCGUUUGGGCUGAACAUUGCUCUCAACUAUCGUGACGGCCGUGGUAAUCAGUUCAGCGAGGCGGUAUUCAACGAAACCGUUCAAAUUACCGAGGUCGACGAGGGACUGGAUGGUGAAACGUUCUUCCUGUACGUGUUCUUGGCUGCCAUCGUGAUUCUGCUGCUGGUGCUCGGCCAACAGUUCCUGGGAUCGUACGGCAAGCGGAAACGUCCGACAGCUGCCCGCAAGGUCGUUGAAACGGGCACUGCCAGCACGAAGGAUGUAGACUACGAAUGGAUUCCAUCGGAAACGUUGAAGCAGCUGCAAAACUCCCCCAAGGGUGCUCCCAAGUCUUCGCCGAAGCAGAGUCCUCGGCAGCGAAAGGCAAAGGCUGGCGUGCAGUAAUUGCACCAUGUCGUCGUGCGUUACAAUGAAAGACUCGCCAGCGCCACUCCAUUCCGUGCUGGAUCUGAAUUGUGUGCGCUUUAUCACCACAACUCAUCCCUUCCCGUACCUUCUUUUCCACCACAGCGUCGUUUCGCAAGCAUCGUUUCAUUUCCUUUAGUGAUUUACAACGCAGUGUCGCUGUCAUCUCCCUUGACUCCUGCGCUCGGUAACUUAGAAUAAUACCGCUGUACACUCUUGAGACUGCAACCGAAUGAGAAUGGUCAGUGAGCGUAAAUGGAAACGCGUGCAAGCAAGUUAAUGGUAGCAACAACACCUUCGCAAAAGGACAUUGACAUUAGGCAGCAGGCAAAUGAUUUGAGGCUUCCAGCGAUCGUGAUCGUAUGAUCUUCUUACCCAUCGUACGAUCAUGAAAGUAAGCACAACAAAACAAAAGCCCUAUUAGUUAUCACAUUUGGGGAGUGCAUUUAGCGCUUCCAGCACGUGCUCGUUCGGUAGAAAUUAUAUUACGCUUCUGCAUAAUUUGUUCGUCGUUGGACUAUCCUUUCGAUAGCGAAACGCGCAUCAUCAUCACCUCAGAGAACGCUGCUGCAAAAGCACAAUUAUGGAGGAAACUUUACUCAGCGGAGAGUCCGAUAGAAAAUGUUUUUUUCUUUCUUUAUCCGUAGUUGAACUGUUUAUACUACUAAUUUAAUGAGAAUGCGUGAGUACAGAGAAAUAAAAGAGGAGAACAAUAUACUUGA